AGCGGCGGAGGCUACCGGAGGUUCUCACACACUCACACCGCCGACAGGAGCGCUCAGCCGGGGCCUGGAGUCCGCGUCAGGUCGCCUCUGUUCGCUGGUCGUCCCGUGGAGGAAACACACCGGGGGGGUUUGGGUGGAGCUCCGGUCCGGUCUGAGGAAUGUAACGGAGGUUUUACCGACUGGAAGAAGUCGUUUGAGCGACGGUACAAACAGAAGAGAGGAGUUCAGCUGCAAAGUGAGGAGGUUCAGAUUCCUCCUCUCAUCCUUGAACUUGACCAUUAAAUCCACCCCUCCUCAAAAAUGGCUCACCGUUCUCAGAGUUCAUCAAUUGGUGAUAACCCCCUCGACCCAAACUAUCUGCCUCCACACUACCGUGAAGAGUAUCGUCUGGCCAUUGAUGCUCUGAUAGAAAGUGACAUAAAGGGCUACUAUGAAUUCCUCCAGCAAGCUGAUGUGGUUGGUUUCCUGGCACAGUCGGAAAUCGAAUAUAUCAAGUCCACAAUCCAAGUGCCCAACCAGACCUCUGGCAUCCCAGAGCUGACAUACCAUGAGGGAGGUCAAGAUGCCGACGGCUCCUCUGACACCUACUGGCCAGUGCAGUCCGACACAGCUGCCCCGGGGCUGGACUUGGGCUGGCCGCUGCCACAGCACAGCUUCGUCGGGCCGACAGAGGUCACCACUCUGGUCAACCCCUCGGAUCCAGACAUGCCGAGCAUCAAGGAACAGGCCAGGAGACUCAUCAAGAAUGCUCGACAAGUUAUUGCUGUGGCUAUGGACAUGUUCACAGAUGUUGACAUUUUUGCUGACCUCUUGGAUGCAGCAGCACGCCAUGUUCCUGUUUACAUUUUACUGGAUGAGCAUGAAUGUCACCACUUUGUCUCUAUGGUCAUCAGCUGCAAAGUCAACUUGGAAUUAGUUCCUAUGAUGCGUGUCAGGACUGUGGCAGGAAUAACCUACUACUCCCGGACAGGGAAAUCAUUUAAGGGGCAGGUGAAAGAUCGUUUCUUAUUGACUGACUGCAGGGCAGUGCUCAGUGGAAACUACAGUUUCAUGUGGUCCUAUGAGAAGAUCCACCGCUGCAUUGCCCACCUCUUCCUUGGGGAGCUGGUUGCCUCCUUUGAUGAGGAGUUUCGCAUCCUCUUUGCUCAGUCAGAGCCUCUAGUCAUUGACCCAUCCAAUGGAGCACUUGCUCUCUCUGACACCAGCAGCACCAGCAGUUACUUUAGCAGUCAGUUUGGUUUGAAGAGGACCCAGUCUUUGCGUAACCCCAUAGGCUACCGAAGGCAGCCUGAGAUUCCCUCUGCCUUCCCCUAUGGGGACUCUGAUCGCAACCCUGCAAUUGGCUUCCGGAGGAAUGACCCGUUUCGUCACACGAUCGAACCUGGGGCAGGAAUCACAAUUGGGAAGUAUUCACAGCAACAGUUUCGUUUGCAGCAAUCGUUCCUAGAGCAGGGAAGGUCCAUAGUUUCCAGACAGAUGGAGAUGAGUAGCAGUGCCUUCAAGAGGCAUAGCUAUGCAGAAGGCACCCAGGAAAACUACACAUCUUCAAGGCAAUACAUGAAGCACAGAGUCAUGAACAACCUGGACGAGACAGACUUCCAAAGGUAA